AUGGAUUUUGAUCAUCUUGCUCAACAAAAACAGGAACAGAAAGCCGCUGCCUGGCUGAAUCUUUGGUCGAGCCGAAACCCAGAAAUUUCGUCCAUGCAACUCGCUGAGAGACAUCGACCAGGGAAAGCUGUAUCUGCAUGUCUAUGGAGAAGCGGCGCUUUCAAUAUUUGCUAUCGGGUUCGAUAUGAUGAGGGACCAGAUGUCAUUGUCCGUUUCGCUGCUCUUGGACGCGCUAUUUGCCGCAGAGAGAAAGUCCAGAUUGAAGUUGCUACCAUGAGGUGGAUACGCCAUACCACUUCUAUUCCUGUUCCUGAAGUUUUUGGCUCCGGGGUCUGCUGGGCAGGUCCGUAUAUUGUUAUGGCAUUUCUUGAUGGAGUGCCAUUGUCACAGAUCCUUCGGGAUCCUUCUUUGGCGGGACGACCGGUCCUGAACCCGCAAAUAAAUAACCGGGAUUUUAAGAGGGCCUACCGCGAAAUGGCUUCAUACAUACUCGAGCUUUCUCAAUAUGAAUUUGAUUCCAUUGGUGCACUUGAGGGAAAUGAAGGCAGUUUUGCUAUCACUCAGCGACCACUCACCUUCAACAUGAACGAAUUGAUGGUGUCUGCCAAUCUACCAGGAGAAGUUUUCCCUUCACACAGCUUUAAAUCAGCGACAGAAUAUUUUGAAACGCUUGCUAUGCAACAUCUUUCCCAACUCCGGUUGCAACAACACGAUGCUGUUAGCAGCAAGGAAGACUGCCAGAGGAAAUUUGUUGCUCGCUGUCUUUUUUUAGAGAUUACAAAGAACCUUUGCACUGAGCAUCGUCAAAGGCCAUUCCGGUUAUAUUGUGAUGACUUCCGUCCUUCAAAUGUGCUUGUAGAUAUCGCUACAGCGCAUGUUUCAGGUGUUAUUGAUUGGGAGUUUACAUAUACCGCACCUGCUGAGUUUACAUGGGUAGCUCCUUGGUGGCUCUUAUUGCAAAGUCCGGAGGACUGGGAGGACGAUCUCGAUCACUUUCUGGCUCGCUAUUUGCCUAGACUUGAUGCCUUCCUGGAAGUUCUUUGCGACCAUGAAAACAGACUGAUUGAACAACAACUUCUAUUUGAGCCACAGCGUCUUUCUCUCCGUAUGAAAGAUUCCAUGGAGACUGGGUUAUUUUGGACCUGCUUAGCAGCAAGGUACAGUUCCAUGUUCGACGAAAUUUAUUGGAAAUUUAUUGAUCCACAGUGCUAUGGAACCUUUACCACGUUGGAUGACCGUAUUCAACUUUUGAGCGAAGAACAGCGACAAGAAAUGAGAGAACUCGUGAAGCUCAAGACUGACAAGUGCGCAGGUGAUCAAGAAAACUUUCGCGAUCACUAUCCAAUUGAUGAGCUGCUUGAAUUAUGA